AUGGGGAAAAAAGUAACUUGGAUCUGUUCAUUGCUGCUCUUUCUUGGAUUGUCAUCUGUUGCUUCAGAUGAAAUUCUGAAAUGCAGAAAAGAAAUGAAGAACGACCAAGCUUUUGCUUGUUAUGUUGAUGAGGCAGUUCGCGAAGAGGGAGAAAUAAUUUCUGAACCAAGUGAUAAUGAAAUUUCAACUUUGGAUUUUAUAAGAAACAAAAAUACAAAAUAUUUGCCUGAUAACGUUACAACAAUAUUUCCAAACCUUCAGUCAUUCUUUGCAUAUGAAUGUUCAAUUCAGGAGAUUCACAAAACUAAUUUUGUCGGACUUUCAAAACUUAAAAACUUAUAUUUGUUCUAUAACCAACUUGAAAAUUUGGAAGGCAACGUCUUUUCAGAUUUGAUUUCAUUAGAAAGUUUAAAACUGCAUACCAACGUUAUAAAUCAUAUUGACAGAAAUGCCUUCCACGGAUUAGGCAAGUUAGAAGGAUUAUAUCUAAGUAACAACAACUUGGAUAAAUUAGACCACAAAAUGUUUGCAUCAUUGUCAUCGUUGAGAAGACUUAACUUGGAUAACAACGUGAUAAAUCGUAUUGAUAGAAAUGCCUUCCAAGGAUUAGAUAAGCUAGAAAGAUUGUUUUUAGAAAACAACAAAUUGGAUAAAUUAGAUCAUGAAAUGUUUGCAUCUCUAUCAUCGUUGAGAAUCCUUCAUUUGUAUACGAACGCUAUUAAUCAUAUCGAUAGAAAUGCCUUUCACGGACUUGGCAAAUUAGAAGAAUUGCAUUUAGAAAACAAUAAAUUGGAUAAAUUAGACCACAAAAUGUUUGCAUCUUUGUCAUCGUUGGAAUCACUUAAUUUGGAUAACAACGUGAUAAAUCAUAUUGAUGGAGAUGCCUUCCCCGAAUUAAGCAAGUUAGAGUUAUUGGAUUUAAAAGACAACAAAUUGGACAAAUUAGACCAUGAAAUGUUUGCAUCUUUGUCAUCGUUGAAAUAUUUUAAUUUGAAUAACAACGCGAUAAAUCAUAUUGAUAAGAAUACCUUCCACGGAUUAGGCAAGUUAGAAAGAUUGUUUAUAAGUAACAACAUGCUGGAUAAAUUAGAUCAUGAAAUGUUUGCAUCUUUGUCAUCAUUGAUAUAUCUUCAUUUGGAUAACAACGCGAUUAUUCAUAUUGAAAGAAAUGCCUUCCACGGAUUAGGCGAGCUAGAAGGAUUGUAUUUAAGUAACAACAAAUUGGAUACAUUAAACCAUGAAGUGUUUUCAUCAUUGUCAUCGCUGAGAAUACUUAAUUUAGAUAACAACGCGAUAACUCAUAUGGUCAGAUAUGUCUUCCACGGAUUAGAAAAUUUAAACAAAUUACAUUUAAGUAACAACAAACUAGAAAGCUUAGAUUAUGAUCUACUUCAGCCUUUGUCAUCAUUGAAGGAACUCCAUUUGGGUAUAACUGUUAACAUCAGUUUUUCCAUAUUCAUGUCAAAAUUUUAUUUUUUUACAGCAAAUAAUUCGCUCAUACAUAUUGAUGAGAUAAUUUUCAAGAAAUUCAAAAUAUUGUUCCCCAAACUUCGAGUGCUCGAUUUAUCCUCAAAUCCUUGCAUCAACCUGAAAACUUCAACAUUUUACUACGGUGAAAUAAAUGAAACUGAAAUAGAGCAAAUUAUUCCAACUGUAAGCUCCAAAUGUCAAAAGAAAAUAGAAACGAAGGAUGAUCAUUUGAACCAAUGUAAUAUUAAUCAAAUUAACGAAGGGAUCAGAAAACAUCUCUCAGAUUUCCAAAAGGAAAACAAUGAACAACUUUUAAAGUUUAAAGAAGAAAUUGUUUACAGAUUAUGUAUUCGUCCCAUAUUAACAUACGAAUGUCCUACAUUUGCUAAUAGCGCAAACAGUCAUCCUGGAAAACUCCAAGUAAUGCAAAAUAAAAUGCUAAGAAUGGUUCUUAAUGCAAGAUUCAGAACGAGAAUAAGUUUUCUUCAUGAGAAAAAUAAUAUUUCAAAAAUAAAGGAAUUCAUUUAUAUACUGACAGAAAAAUUCUACAUUAAAAACGCGGAGUCCGAAAAUUCCGUUGUCAAAAAGCUGGGUAAUUACAACCCGGACACAUUCCGUACAUAUAAGCUGAUAAAACCUUUGGGAACAUAGAAGUGUUUAACUUAAAUAUUAUAAAUUUUUGUAAAGAAAUAUAAUUUUUUAUUUUUUAAAUAGAUAUCUAUCAGUUUUUUCACAAAUUAACCUGAAUAAAUCAUACAUACUUUCUUCCAGUUGCAAAAUUUAAUUUAUCCUAAGA